UAUUUUCAUCUGGGGUAGUAAGUAUGGCCGUCACAAGGCCACACGUGCUCCUCCCUACAACUACAUGAAAAUAAUAUGUGAGCCUUAUAUGCUUAAAAGAAAAGGUUUAAUUCCUCUUAUUCUACCUCCAACAAUACUAAGAAUAGUAAUAGGACUUCCGUUAAUGGGAGAAUGAAGGGAUGAUUCGUGUUUUCUCCAUGGGUGAGAGAUUGAAGAAAAGGCAAUGCACAAGGCUUAAUCUAGCAACGAAAACUAAGAGAGAGAUUAAUUUGAAGUUUCAAGAAUCUCAAGAGGAAAGGUUUGCAAAUUAUGGAAUUAACCCUCAGUUGUGGAGUCUAUACAGAGGUUUUUCCCUUCUCCGGUCAGGAUUCCUGGUUUAUGUUCGCAGUGAUCACAUAAAUCUUCCUACAGAGACACAAAAUUACGACUCACUGUUUCACUCUUCAUACAAUUCCCACCAUCAAGAACCGAAUUUUGAUCGCACCCUCCAAGCAAACUGACCUUCCCCAGCUCUUCGUCAACAGAA